AUGGCAGACAACUUCGAGGACGUUCCCGACUCAACGGACUGGCUCUCUACCCCCCUCCCCGCCCUUUCAGCAGUCGAAGCCUCCUUACGAUGCCAGGUUUGCAAGGACUUCUUCAAGACACCAAUGGUAACAUCAUGCUGCCACACCUUUUGCUCCCUCUGCAUCCGUCGCGCCUUGUCCAACGACGGCAAGUGCCCUCUCUGUCGGGCCUCAGACCAAGAGUUGAAGCUGAGGAGUAAUUGGUCUCUCGAGGAGGCUGUCGAUUCCUUUGUCAAGGCUAGAAAGGAUACACUACACUUUGCAAGGACGGCGGACCAGGAUGACCAGCGAGAACCUAAUGGCAGUAUGGGCAAGAGAAAGCUGGCUGAGGAAAGCGGCGAGCAACAGCCAGAGACCAAGCGCCUUAGGAGUUCGGCGAGGCUCAGCAGGACGAGAUCUGGACAGGCUGCGGCCACGCCGGUGCAUGAGGUCGAUGAAGUCGACGAGAUGGAGGAAGUACAAGAGGAUGACGAGUCAGAGGACGCAGAUUUUGCUCCCGAGGACGGCCUGGUUCCAUGCCCCAUAUGCAGCACCCGCAUGAAAGAAGCCCAAGUCUUCCGCCAUCUCGACACCUGCGACGGCUCAAAACCACCACCACCACAACCCGCCCCAGCUCGCGUAAGCGCAAGCCGAACUCCGACACCAAACACACCCGCCCGCGGCCUCAGCAGACCGCACCCGGCCCCCGAACGCCUCCCCGCCCUCGCCUACUCCAUGCUCAAAGACGUUGCCCUCCGCAAAAAGAUGUCGGACCUCGGCCUCGCUGUUACAGGCGGCCGCGUCCAACUAGAGAAGAGACACAAGGAAUGGGUGACGCUGUGGAACGCAAACUGUGAUUCGGCGCGACCGAAGCGGAGGACGGAGCUGCUGCACGAUCUCGACGUGUGGGAGCGCACGCAGGGCUCCAAGGCGGCCAUGUUUGUGAAACCGGGAGCCGCGGUGAAAGACAAGGAAUUCGAUGGCGUCGCGUGGGCUGCGAAGCAUGAUACUUCCUUCAAGGACUUGAUUGCGAACGCGCGGAAGUCGAGGGCACAAGCGACGCCUAAGAGCGAGGAAGAGACGGCGACACCAAAGGCGGAAGAUGGCUUGGCUGCUUCAACAGAGCCGAAUGCUCCUGAGGUGGAUUUGCAAGGGGAUGGUGCGGCGGUGAUUGAUCUGACGGAGCAGCCAGCAGAUGUCCUUGGAGAAGGCGAACCAGGGGAUGGUGGUCCCUCGGGAUCCCUUAUGCAGGUUGAUGAUCCAACGCCCAAACCUCAGGUGGUCCCAGCAUCGACGUACUACUUACAGGACGGCUUCUCAGAGCCGCAGAUACCCAACACCCAGGAGGCGCGGUGA